AUGAAAAUCGCAUCCGCAAUUUUAGCCUCUACCCUGGCUCAAGAUUUCACCACGACAACUGGUCUCGGUCUUCUUGAGAGAGGCAAGAAAAAGAAGGCAGCAAAAUAUGCAGCUACUUCGUACGCUCCAGAAACAACAACAGAAACCACCACUACUCCUGGCUACAAUCCUUAUGCACCUGGUGGAGGAUCAUCUGGAGGUUCUGGAGGAUCCGCUUCUUACGGAGACCCCCACUUUCAUAUUGAGGGACUCUCCGCUGAUCAGCCAGACAUUUGCUUCGACUACAAUCUCGAGCCUGGAAAAGAAAUGGUCCUCAUCGAUCACCCGAGCUUCAGAGUUGGAGGAGAGCUUUUCAAGCCGAACGAGGCCGAGAAAGGCAUCUAUUUCCGCAACCUAAAAAUCACUACCCACGGGCGAAACUCUCUUUACAUCGACGCUACCGGCUGGAAAUUCGACUCAAGAAUAACUGCCGAGCCCGAGUUCGACUGGUUCACUGGCGCAAUGAAAUACGGCGACUUCGUCACUUUUGAUUACCAAAAACUUCCUAAGGGAUACAAAAUGUCUUUCGUAACCCUUGGUGGCGGUCCCACAUUCCUGAUCGAGAUUGGAAGCGUUCACGGAAACGUCAACUUCAAGCUCAUGGAGCACAAGUUUGCAGAUGAACCGGCUACAACUGGCGUUCUCGGGCGAUUCCUCAGAUCUGGAGCCUACGAGGUAAUUUCAGCCGAUGGAGAGACCGGAACUUUUGUUGCGAAUGGCGAUGCAUAUGAUGUUUCAUUUCACCAACAUGCAAGAAAUAAGAACUGUUGGGUUGUCAAGGAUGCUGAUAUCAAGAAAAUCUUGGGAUAA